AAUGCAACAAUCAGUUUAGUAGAAAUAAUCGCAGACUAAAUAUGGAAGCACGUCUCGUUAUUUGGCUGAUCAGUGCCUUAGUAGUGUUUUCCAAUGGUCAGCGAUUCAAAUCCGACCGACACAACCUACCGCUAAAUGAUUUGAUACUACUAUCCGAUCGAGCCUUCGAAGAAAGAAGUUUCACCUCGUUCAGGCUACCGAACACCUCGGUCCCAACACAAUACAUGCUCGAACUAGACACCAACGUUCAUCUGAAUCAGUUCACCUACAGCGGAAAGGUGCAGAUCCAGCUGACGACAUUGCAGGCCACCAAUCAAAUCGUGCUGCAUAGCUCCGGAAGCACGAUCAACAAGCUGCAGCUCUAUAAUGCGAAUCAAUUGCCUCUAGCUCUGAACGAAUAUAUCGUCGAUGAAGAAAGACAAUUUUUGAUUAUCAACGUUAAAGAAACGCUACCGGCAAACGCUAACUAUCGUCUGCUGAUUGAGUUCACCAAUCAGCUACGUAACGAUCUAACUGGAUUCUACCAGUCGUCGUAUCAAGCCGAAGAUGGUACCACCAAAUACAUCGCCGUAACUCAAUUCGAGGCCAGCUUUGCCAGGAGUGCCUUCCCCUGCUACGACGAACCAUGGAUUCGGGCAACAUUCGAAAUCAGCAUCAGCUGUGGGCUGUCCUACAAAGCUACCUCCAACAUGCCAUUCGCCGCCAUCGCCAUUCAACCGGAUCAGAAGAAACUCACCCGCUUCCGAGUUACACCUCGUAUGCCAACGUACCUAGUAGCGUUCAUGGUUACCGAUUUCGUAAGCAAGCGAGUGAUUCUCAAGGAACCCACCAGCUUGACGAUGGAGAUCUUUGCCCGAUCAUCCGCGAUAGAUGAGCUCGACUUAGGACUUCAGAAAGGUGUCGAUGCCAUCCGGGCAAUCGAGCGAUACUUCGACAUAACGUACGACCUGCCCAAACUGGACCAGGCUGCCAUACCGAGCUUUAUGUUCGGUGCUAUGGAGAACUGGGGCCUGGUGAAAUACGCCGAGCGAUACUUACUGUACAAUGACAAUACGUCCAGCAACUGGGACAAAGAGGCGAUCGUGGCGACGAUCACCCACGAACUGGUUCAUCAAUUUUUCGGUAACCUCGUAACGCCCAAGUGGUGGACGGACAUAUUCCUGAACGAAGGUUUCGCAACCCUGUACGAAUAUCAGAUCAGUGCAGAAAUUGAACCCAGCAUUCGGUACGAGGAACUGAUAGCCGUGGAAGCCGUUCAGACGGCACUCUACGUGGACAGCAGACCAUCCACGAGACCCCUGUCACACUACGUGGAAACCGAUCUCAUGUCAGUGUUCGACAUUAUCGCCUACCAGAAGGGAGGCAGCGUUCUGCGCAUGAUGAAACAUGCCUUAGGUGAAUCUACGUUCCAGAAUGGUCUUCGGCGGUAUUUGAGAGACAAUCAACAUAGUGCAGUGGAUCCAAACGAUCUAUUCGAAAGUUUGCAAUCAGCUGCCAAGGAAGACGCUGCCAUACCGCAAACCACAACUGUUGGGGCCAUCAUGAGUCCGUGGGUCUACGAGUCCGGUUAUCCACUGGUCACUGUCUCAUGGACCCCUACCAGCGGCGAAGUCGUAUUCAGACAGCAGCAUUUCUCAGAUGGAACACCCGAUUCGCGCACCUGGUGGGUUCCAAUCAGCUUUCGUCUCAGCAGUCAACCCGUUUCCGACGAAACUGAAACUCGUGUUUGGAUUCCGCAAGGGACGUUGCAAGUGGCCGUCAGUCUGGAUAUCCCGAGCGAUGAGUAUCUUCUGGUGAACCCUCACCAAACCGGGUACUACCGGGUCAACUACGACGGAGAAUUGUGGGGUAAGUUGAUCGACAAACUGAUGGCUGAUCACGAUGCCAUCCCAGCAGUUUCUCGCUCGCAAUUGAUUGACGAUUCGCUGAAGUUGGCUAUGGGUGGUCAGGUUGAAGUCGAAGUGACCUUCGAGCUGUUGAAGUACUUGAAAAAUGAAGAGGACUAUAUUCCAUGGUACACAGCGUUGGCAUCUGAUAAUCUUCAGUUCAUCAACAAAGCAUUGCUGGUUGAUGAAGUUGCGUAUGGCGCCCUGAAGGCAUUUGUGGGUUCUUUAAUGGAGCAUCUCAUUAUCACACUGGGUUUUGAAGAAAGAAGCAGCGAGCCCCACGAACAUCAACAGUUCAGAGCCAUGGCGAUCGAAUGGGGUUGCCGUAUGGGUUAUGACAGAUGCAGAACCGGUGCUCACCAAUUAAUGAUGGAAGACCUGGAAGGAUCGCAAUUGCUUCCUUCGUACAUCAAACAAAGCAUCUACUGUGGAGGACUAAUGGACGCAACUCAAGAAGAGUUUGUGGCCGUGUUCAAUGCUUACCAACGGUCAACUGAUUUAUCGGAAAGGGCGAUGUACAUUUCCGCCCUAGGAUGCAGUGAGAAUAAACAGUUUUUGAUUGAUUUCCUUGUAAUUGUUUUGGGUGCCGGACAAGAGAUAAGUUUGAGAUCCGGCGAAGCGUUGCAAAUUGUCAGAUCAGUAUACUCCCGAACAAAUAUAGGUCAUGAAGCGUUUCAGGCCUGGUUAGAGCAAUUCAACGAUCUCAUUCUGAGCUCAUCCAUCGGAAGACAAGCAGACUUCCACGCAAUUUUGGCUGAUGUCGAAAAUCGAAAAGCUAAUUUCGGAAACUUUGCACAGCUUAUCACGCUACUAAAGGCAUGGAAAGACCAGACGGAGGGAGGCGUGAUUAGUAAAUAAAGAGAUAACUACCGUUCAAUAUAGCUUAGAUAAGACAACUUUGAGAAUGUAAUAAAGUGCAAAUCUAUAAAUUGA